AUUACCCAAAAUCACAGCUCUCGUCGCCGGAGAAACCGUCACCGCCACCGGAGGGAUUUUUGUUGGUGCUCGUUAUGUCUACGGAACCAGAAGGAGUCGAAUCUGACUCUAACGCUGAUUUUUCCGUGAAUGCGUCGAGGUUUGACUACGGUAUGGCUCACACAUCUGAAACCCUAGCUGAUCCCAUGAGCUUUCAAGCUCAGGACCUGACAGUGAAGCUCACUGGAGUUGAGCGAAAAGGCUUUGUCUCUGCUCGUGGUGUUAAGGAUAAUCUCUGUAAUGAGGUUGAUUCUGAUGCAGAAUCUGGGGAUUUUGGUGAGAACAGAAACUUAGAUGGCUCAGGAGAGAAAGAUUCAAAGUUUGAGAAUCUAGAUGGUGUGGUUUUAGCUGGUUCAGAUCUGCUUAAGAGCAAGGAUAAGAAUGGUUGUGCUGAUGAAAAUAUGAAGCUUUUUGACUCAGAUUUGGUUUGGGCUAAAAUAAGAAGCUAUCCAUGGUGGCCUGGACAGGUGUUUGAUGCAUCUGUUGCAUCUAAAGCUGCGAAGAAGCACUUCAAGAGAGGAAAUCUCUUGGUUGCCUAUUUUGGGGAUAGUACUUUUGCUUGGAAUAAUGCAUCUCAAAUAAAGCCUUUUCAUCAGAAUUUCUCUCAGAUGCAGGAGCAGAGUAAUUUGGCUGAGUUUCGUGAUGCUAUUGAUUUUGCUUUAGAUGAGGUUUCAAGGAGAGUAGAGUUUGGUUUAUCUUGCUCUUGUGUCUCAGAGGAAGCCUAUAACAAACUCAAGACUCAGAACAUAAUCAAUGCUGGAAUUCAUGAGGACUCACGGGUGAGAUACGGUGGAGACAAGUUAUCGAAUGCAAUCUCUUUUGAACCUGCGAAACUUGUGGAUUAUAUGAAGCAUUUAGCUUGCUUUCCUAGCUAUGAUGCGAGUGAGAAGCUGCAAUUUGUGAUUAACCGAGCUCAGGUAUUGGCUUUUCAACAAUGGAAAGACUAUUCUCCCUUCAUUGACUAUGAAACAUUUCUAAGGUCGGUAGAAUCUGCUGCGACUUUAGCUUCUCUCCCGGAAGCAAAUAUGGAUGAAGGAAUAUCUUUCAAAAAGAGAAAGGCAGAUUACAAAGAUAAUGCUGAACAAACAAAGGAGAAGACUUUGUCAGAUUUGAUUGUAAAGAAACGCUGUGGGAGCAGAUCAACUGAGAAAUUGGAUGGUAAGUCGCAUUUUGAAAAGAAGCGUAAGGUUGAGUCUUUGGAGUCUGGUAAGUCUGAGAAAAGGAUCAAGAACAACCAGCAAAAAGAGGAUUUAGUGUCUAAAAAGUCUAAUGAGGAAAGUAAUUUGUCAGUGGGUGAUGCUAAUAAACUGCAGAAAGUGGCUGAACCAUGUCGCGGAAUCGGAGUGGAAAAUGAGAUGAAUUCUUUAACUCCUACACUUAAGCCUUGCAGUGAUUCUAAAUCUACGGAAGUUGAGAAUGAGAAAAAGAAGAAGCCGAGACACGAAGAGCUUGCUGAAAGAAAGAUUUCUUCGCCUGAUGAGAUGCUCUCGAGCCUUCACGCUGCCUCCCCAACAGGGGUACCCAAUUCAAUCAGCAUAGACCCCUUGAACUAUAUAGAUUUUGAACAAUUCAUUAAUGAACUAUCUUGCAGUAAACUCAAUGAUGACUCAAAGAAGGCAAGUAUCACGGAGACAUCAGAACCUUGUGUUCAGAAAGACUCUGCAAAAGAGAUGUUACCUGCAAAUAAAGAAAUAACUGGCUCAGGCUCGAAAGAGCAAACUGGUCUCAAGGACUGUUCUGCAGAUUCAUCACCCUAUGCAUUAGUCCUCAACUUUUCGGAUUCAGGUUCGGUUCCAUCCGAAGAAAAGCUGAACGAGAUAUUUAACCGUUACGGUCCUCUCCAUGUGUCAAAGACUAAGGUCACGAAGAAGGGUAAGAGAGCCAAAGUUGUGUUCAAAAGAGGCGAAGACGCAAAGACUGCCUUCAGCAGCGCCGGGAAAUACAGCAUCUUUGGUCCUUCUCUUCUAAGUUACAGACUCGAGUAUGUUUGCCCCAAAGCGAAAAAGAGCAACAACAUGACUGAUUGAGUCACAUCGUAGGCAUCUCUUAACUUUCAGAGGUUAGGGUCUGAUCAGAUUACAUCAGCUAGGUUUUAUAAUGAGAGUAGAUUUCCGAUAAAUAAAACUAUAAAAGUAACAAUCUUGU